AUGCCAAAAUUCGUUCCCAGACAGCGAAAACACAAAAAUAAAUUAAAGGAAACUAAUCCCAUUCCCCAGCAGGACACCAAUGUUGCUGAGCUUGCGCCGGUUUCCAAAUUGGAGAAGGAAGAGAAACGGCGGAAAUAUAGAGAAGAGCUGCUAGCGCAACAACCGAGGAUUUCUGGGAAGAAGCAAAAGAGACUUGACAAGUACAUUGAAACAAAACUCAAGAAGGACGAAAAUCUUAUACUUCUCAAAAAGUUGUCGGACGCAAAAAUAGAUACCAGUCAAUUACAAAGCUCUCGAGAUCUAGGGAAACGCAAACAAAAAAAGAUUUUAUCUUCAGCUGCAGGUAAUGGAGACACCAACAGUGUUACUCUACAGCAGCACGCCUCAGACAACGAGAUAAACGAGGCAAGGUCGAUCAAGCCGGUCCUCACCUCUUCCAAUUCGACGAUCAAUAUCGCCAAUACCAUUGCUGGCACUGGAACACCAGUUAUUGGAAGUGGAUUAAAACGACCGCUAGAAAUUGGAGAAGACGGCUUUCCCGUCAUUAAAAAGCGGAAACGUGCCCCAAAAGCUAAGUUUAUAAUAGAGGAGCCAUCCUGGGAUGGAUUCGAAAGCAAUGGGUCCGGCGAUGAUGCAACAAAAGACCCAGAGCGUUCCGGUAGCUAUAUAAGUGAUGAUGAAGCGGGUGGUUCUGGAAGCGACAUAGGAUCAGGACAAGGUGAUAGUAACAAUGAUGGGGACUAUGAGGAUGACAGGUCUUCAAGCUCCGAUGAUGACCCUAGCGAGCACACCAUAAUUCGACCGCGAAAUUCCGCAUUCAAAACAUGGGCGGUACAGCAAAUAAACGACACGGUUGGCUUUAGACCCACAGAACAUGCGCCUCUACCUCAUGCUCUUCCGCAACCAGAAAAGCCUGCAACCUCGCGCCAGACUGAGGGUGAACUCUUGCCAGCUAAAUUAAAAAUACCAAAAGGGGCUCCGAAUAGGAAGGCUUUCACUGUCCAAGUAAAUCGACCUGAGCACAUACAGGCAUCUCGUCUCGCUCUACCUGUUGUUGGGCAGGAACAAGAAAUUAUGGAAGCUAUCCACAACAAUUCUUCAGUUAUCAUCUGGGGCGCAACUGGAAGUGGUAAAACUACACAACUACCGCAGUUCCUCUUCGAAGCGGGAUAUGGAAACCACGAAAGCCCCAAUCCGGGGAUGGUUGGAAUAACUCAGCCGAGACGAGUUGCAGCUGUCAGUAUGGCCAAGCGAGUUGCAGAUGAGCUGGGCCAAUUUGCGGAUCAGGUUUCAUACCAGAUUCGAUUUGAUAGCACAGUAUCAAGCAAAACAGCUAUAAAAUUUAUGACAGAUGGUGUUCUGAUAAGAGAAAUUGCCCGAGAUUUCUCUCUUUCGAAAUAUUCGAUCAUUAUAAUUGACGAAGCUCACGAGAGGAGUGUUAACACAGAUAUUCUUAUCGGUAUGGUCAGCAGAAUCGUUGACCUAAGGAAGACGAUGAAUGCAGAAGACCAGUCUGUAAAGCCACUGAAGUUGGUUAUUAUGUCUGCUACAUUACGCAUAUCGGAUUUCCUCCAAAAUGAAAAUCUCUUUCCCCAGGGACGACCUCCGUUAGUCCAAGCUGAAGGACGCCAGUAUCCCGUCACUAUCCAUUUUUCACGCCACACACGUCGUGACUAUGUCGAAGAGGCUUUUAAAAAAGUAUCCAAAGGCCACAGGAAAUUGCCUCCGGGAGCGUUUCUUGUUUUCCUAACAGGACAGGCAGAGAUUAAAGAUCUAUCCAAGCGUCUUGAACAGGCUUUCAGGUCUACUCAUGUGCCCAGCCCUUUCCAGGGAAAAGUUAAGUUAUCAGCAGUGGAAGCUCCCCUCGAAACUGAAGAUAUUGAACUUGGAAGAACAACAGGCCCGAUAGGUAAUGAUAGCGACAGUGACAUCGAAAUUAGAGGAUUAGACGACGAUGAAAAUGAUGAUGACGAUUUUGACCAUGAAGAAGGGGCUGUUGAUUCAGGAACAAAGGUCCAUGUCCUUCCCCUUUAUUCCCAACUUCCUACUAAGGAGCAGAUGAAGGUGUUUGAGCCAGUGCCAGAAGGUUCCCGCCUCAUUGUUUUGGCCACCAAUGUGGCAGAGACCAGCUUGACCAUUCCUGGCAUCAGGUACGUAUUUGAUUGCGGCCGUUCCAAGGAAAAGCAGUACGACGUCUCAACUGGAGUCCAGAGCUUCCAGAUCGGUUGGAUAAGCAAAGCCAGUGCUAGUCAACGUGCUGGACGAGCGGGAAGAACCGGCCCCGGGCAUUGUUACCGACUUUACUCCUCUGCCGUCUUUGAAGGGGAAUUCGAAGAGUAUGCAGAGCCGGAAAUCUUGCGGACACCGAUCGAAGGAGUUGUCCUGCAGAUGAAAUCCAUGGGGCUUCAUCAUGUUAUCAACUUCCCCUUUCCAACCCCCCCAAAUCGAACAAGUCUUGCCAAAGCGGAAAUAUUACUGCAGAACCUUGGCGCCCUCUCUUUGGAUGGUCAGGUCACCGAGACAGGCCGCCAGCUUAGUCUAUAUCCACUCUCCCCAAGAUUUGGAAAGAUGCUCCAAAUCGGCCAUCAACACGGUUUGUCGGACCUUUUUAUCCAAGAAAACCAGCUCGAUCUCAACCCCGUCCAGCAUGAGGAUGACGAGGAGAGUAAAAUCUACACAAACGCGAAUAGACUUGAGGAUACCGCGAGAGAAAUGCGGCGAAAGGAUUACAACAGAGCCCGCCGUAUCUUUAGCAAGUACGACGACAAAUCUGACGCCCUAAAAUCCCUUGCCGCAGUAUGUGCGUACGCAUACGCAGCAAAUGGCGAGUCCUUUUGUUCUCAAAUGUUCCUGCGUCCUAACGCAAUGAAAGAGGCCUCCCAACUCCGCCGCCAGCUUUACGAGAUCGUCCGCAGCAAUAACCCCAAUAUCACGAACCAAUUCGAAUUGCGCCUCCCUGAGCCCACUGAUAAACAACUCCGCGCUCUGAAGCAAAUCACCGCAGCAGGCUUCAUUGAUCACGUCGCAAUUCGUGCAGAUAUGGCUCCUGUCCCGCCAGACAUGCAGCGCAAGCCUCGAAGAGCCAUCGAUGUCCCAUAUCUAACUCUCUUCUCAUCCCUCGACGGACCCGCGAGAGAAGUCCAUGAAAAAGCCGUAUAUAUACAUCCCACAUCUGUCCUUGCUCAUCUCUCGACCACGGAACUUCCUCAAUACCUCAUCUACUCUCAUCUCCAACAAUCUGCCCCAAGCGCUAUCUCCGAUGUUUCUACCAAGGUCAGAAUGUUCCCCCUAACCGCCGUGAGCGGAUUACAACUCUCUGCUCUCGGACAUGGAACACCUUUAAUUGAAUAUGGGAAACCUAUUGGGAAGAUCGAGCCAGUUGCCGGCGCAUCAGAUAAGCGUGAGUGUUGGGUCAUUCCGUCAUUGAAGGGGGAUCCGGGAAGUAUGGGGUGGCCAUUACCAGCGAAGAAAGUAGUGCAGAGGAAAGAUAGAAAGCAUGGGUGGGUAAUUGAGAAGUUUAUUAAGUAA